GAGCCAUGGAGCCGCAAGCGCCUGAGGAGACCGUCCCGACCUAAGGACCUCAGAGAGGACCCAGGGUCCUACCUGGGGGCUGUGUGUGGGGUGGGGGGUGGGGGGAAGGGGAAGUGGAAGAGUGAGGGUGAGGAGUGGGGAGGCACCUGGGCUUGGCGCUAUAGGGGCUCUCCAGUGGUGUGGAGAGGCAGGCGGCGGGGGAGGGGUCUUCUUCAGCACCCCCCCGCCCGCCCCGCCCCUACGCCCGGGGACCUCGGGCUCGAAGCCCCAGUUCCCUAAGCCCAGGCGCUGGCGAUCCAGAUCUGCCUGGAGGGGAGGGGAGGACGAUGGACUGGAGCCCCCGCACCCUCACCCCAGCCCAUCACCCGCCUUCCCGUCCCUCUCCAUGCUAACUCUCCGGGCGCCCUCGCCGGCCGCGGGCGGAGCUCGCUCGGCGGCGCUCGGCGAGCCCCGGCCCCCGCCCCUUCUCCUGUCCCUCUGUCCUCGGAUCCCCCUCGCCUCCCCAGCGGCCGCCACCGCCGCCGUGCAGCUCCGCGCGGCGCGAGCAGCUGCCAAGGGGCCAAGGGAUGAGCUGGGGCCCUCCUUCCCAAUGGCAUCUCACCCUGGUCUGGAACUGAAGACACUGAGCAAUGGUCCCCAAGCCCCAAGGAGAUCAGCUCCCCUGGGCCCAGUGGCCCCAUCCAGGGAGGGUGUGGAGAAUGCCUGCUUCUCUUCAGAGGAGCACGAGACCCAUUUCCAGAACUCUGGGAACACGAGACUGGGCAGCUCACCCAGUCCCCCUGGGGGUGCCUCCUCACUGCCCCGAUCCCAGCGGGAUGAUCUGUCCCUUCAUUCAGAGGAGGGGCCAGCCCUGGAGCCCGUGAGCCGCCCAGUGGAUUAUGGCUUUGUUUCCGCCCUCGUUUUCCUGGUGAGUGGGAUUCUUCUAGUGGUGACAGCAUAUGCCAUCCCCCGUGAGGCUCGAGUCAAUCCGGACACAGUGACAGCGCGGGAGAUGGAACGACUAGAGAUGUACUACGCCCGCCUAGGCUCCCACCUGGACAAGUGCAUCAUUGCAGGCCUCGGGCUGCUCACGGUGGGCGGCAUGCUCUUGUCGGUGCUGCUCAUGGUCUCCCUGUGCAAGGGCGAGCUGUACCGCCGGAGGACCUUCGUCCCUGGCAAGGGCUCCAGGAAGACCUACGGCUCCAUUAACCUGCGCAUGAGACAGCUCAAUGGGGAUGGGGGCCAGGCCCUGGUGGAGAAUGAAGUUGUCCAGGUCUCAGAGACUAGCCACACCCUCCAGAGGUCUUAAGAACUAGCCCAUCUUAUGUGGCUGCUUUAGCUCUAGUGCUACAAGGUCCACUCCCCGCUCCCGCCCGCCUGACCCCUGCCAAGGCCUGGGGUUUCAAACUGAGCUCACAUAGGGCCUUGUGGAAGAAGUACUGGGUGCUGGAGGGAAAGCUCGGGGACCAGCCCAUGCCCCACACGGGCAAGCAGCCCACUGAUCUGUUUUGUAGCUGAGGUUUUGCAUACGGUUUUGUUUGGAGGAUGGCUUCUGCUGCUAAAAAUACAAAAGUUUGGAAACCGCU